AUGGCACCUGCUCCUCCUCCGCCUCCUCCGCCGCCACCUGCGCCGUCACUGGGCAGUGGUGCUCCAGCACCAGCUCCCCCUGCUGCGGCCAUGGCUGGUAGGGAUGCGCUACUGGGUGAUAUCAGAAAGGGCAAAUCGCUGAAGAAGGUUGAAACUGACGAUAGAUCCAAGCCCAAGCUUGGUGGCUCGUCGUCGUCGUCAUCUGGUGGUGGUCUGGGGAUGGCGAUGGCAGCGCCACAGCUGCCUACACAGAGGCCUGGCUCCGGUGCACCACCUGUCCCUGUAGGAGCUCCACAGCUGGGGGACAUCUUUGCCGGUGGUAUGCCCAAGCUGAGACACCGUGAAGCUGCCAGUCUGGGCCAGCAGCCCAGUUACGAUGCCCCUGUGACGCCAUCGAUGCCAUCGUCCAGGCCAAAGAGAUCAAGCGGCGUACCAUCUGCUCCUUCAAUCCCUACAUCAAGUGCGCCGUCGAUACCUAGCGCAGCACCACCAAUCCCAGGCUCUGCGCCGCCUAUACCUUCGAUGUUGAACGUUUCCUCACAGACACAUGCGAGAACACCUUCUUCAGGCUCGGUGGCGUCUCACCAGGCGCCUCCGCCUAUUUCUUCAAGGCCACCGCCUAUACCAGGAGCUGCUCCUCCGCUGCCGAACACAGCGAUCCCUUCAGUACCAUCAGUGCCAACUACGAGACCUCAUAGAAAGGCCCCUAGCAUCAGCUCUACUCCUCCAUCACUGCCUGGGCUGAGUGCACCUUCGAUUCCAUCUGCCCCGGCUCCACCACCUUUACCAAGCUCAAAUGCCCCGGCUCCACCGCCUUUACCAAGCUCAACUGCCCCGGCUCCACCGCCUUUACCAAGCUCAACUGCUCCUCCUGCUCCACCACCUUUACCAAGCUCAACUGCUCCUCCUGCUCCACCACCUUUACCAAGCUCAACUGCUCCUCCUGCUCCACCAUUGCCAGGUAACAAUGCUCCACCUGCUCCUCCUGCUCCACCUGCUCCAGCACCACCUGCGAGCUCCUCAUCUCAGAGUAAAGCUGCUCCACCUGCUGGCGCAUUCGCCUUCCUCGCAGACAUCCAGAAGAAGAGAGAUGAUUCAUACGUUGUGGACUCGGUGCCUUCAAACUUUUCAGCUGCAAAUCAAGCACAGUCUACCACUGAUGAACCACUGAAGUCGACAUCUAGUGCACCGAGUGUGCCUAAUGUACCAAGUGUGCCUAGUCCACCUGCACCAACUGGCAAUCCAUUGGCUGAUGCACUGGCUGCUAGAUUUGCAAAGAACAAGAAGGCAGAAGCUCCAACAACUGUGGCAGCACCUAUUCCUUCAGUUUCGUCGAAGAGUGCAUCGCCUGGUCCUGCUAUCCCACCACCGCUUCCAUCGAUGCAUGCACCACCUGCUCCACCUGUGCCAUCAAUUCCAACGUCAUCAGCACCAUCAGCACCAUCAGCACCAUCAGCACCAUCAGCACCUUCAAUUCCAUCAAUUCCAACGUCAUCAGCACCUCCAAUACCUUCCUUGCCAAAGAGAUCAGCACCACCACCACCACCGCUACCUACAUCCUCACUAUCACCAGCAGCAGUGCCACCUGCUCCACCUGCUCCUCCUGCUCCACCAUCACUGCCACCUAUGACUGCACCUUCUGCUCCAGCUUCUAAGUCUUCCUCAGCUGCACCGCUUGCCGGUGGGCUGCCUUUCCUCGCAGAGAUCAACUCCAAGAGGGAUGACAGGUUUGUUGUCGAUAACGCUAAUGGUGACAGUUCAGGCUCCAAUACACACUCUGCACCAUCAAUUCCAUCAAUUCCAUCAAUUCCAUCAGCGAAGGCACCCUCCAUCCCUAGUGCACCACCACCACCACCUUCAUUGCCGCACUCAAGUCCACCACCUGCUCCAUCGUUACCUUCCAUGCUUGAUACUUCAAUGUUGACUCCACACAUGCCAGAAUCUACUGCUCCACCAUUGCCAAACACAUCUGCCCCAUCUGCACCAACACCACCUACAGCAGCUCCCUCUAUACCAUCUCCAUCGCCUGUUUCAAAGCCUCCACCUCAUGUUCCAACUUCAACCAAACCUACAUUGUCAUCUACCAAGGCUGCGCCACCUCCACCACCAACAACUUCCUCGUCACAUUUCAAACACCGUCUCUUCUCCAGUGAGGCCAGCUCAAGCCCGACAGCAGUCGCACCUACAGCAGAGGCCAAGAUCGACGUUUCCAGUUACACCAUCAACACGCACGGUAACAGCAACAGCCGUGUUGUUAUCAACGAUUCAAGUUUCAAAUUUGUCAAUCAGAACGACUUGCCGAAACCUCGCCAGUUUGUUGGUAAACAGAAGCUGUAUCCUAGUGGUAGAGGAUCCUCUGUUCCUCUGAACCUUUCGCUCUUCACUUGA